CAGCUGAAAAGGGGAACGAGGAAAGGGGGAAGGCCGUGUCUUGUGUGGCGGGGGCUGAACUUCUUGCAUCGGUCACUUGCUUGAGAGACGUCCUGCCAUUAUGAAUGAAGUUGCCAUUGUAAAGGAAGGUUGGCUCCACAAACGAGGAGAGUACAUUAAAACAUGGAGGCCAAGGUAUUUCCUGUUGAAGAACGAUGGGACGUUUAUCGGCUACAAAGAGCAGCCACAAGAUGUCGACCAACGGGAGUCCCCCUUAAAUAACUUCUCUGUGGCUCAAUGCCAGUUGAUGAAGACGGAGAGACCCAAACCGAACACAUUCAUCAUCAGAUGCCUCCAGUGGACCACAGUAAUUGAAAGAACGUUUCAUGUGGAGACUCCAGAGGAGCGGGAAGAAUGGACAAAAGCCAUCCAAACAGUAGCAGACAGCCUUAAGAAACAGGAGGAAGAAAUAAUGGAUUUUCCAUCUGGUUCCCCCAGUGAUAAUUCAGGUGCUGAAGAAAUGGAAAUUUCUAUGACAAAACCAAAACAUAAAGUGACUAUGAAUGAAUUCGAAUAUCUUAAGCUGCUGGGAAAAGGCACCUUCGGGAAGGUUAUUCUGGUGAAAGAGAAAGCGACAGGACGGUAUUACGCUAUGAAAAUCCUGAAGAAGGAAGUAAUUGUAGCAAAGGAUGAAGUGGCACAUACCCUGACAGAAAACCGGGUUUUACAGAACUCUAGGCAUCCUUUCUUAACAGCCUUAAAGUAUUCCUUUCAGACGCAUGACCGGCUGUGCUUUGUCAUGGAGUAUGCCAACGGAGGGGAGCUGUUCUUCCACCUAUCACGGGAGCGUGUCUUUUCUGAAGACCGGGCCCGUUUUUAUGGAGCUGAGAUUGUAUCAGCACUGGAUUACCUGCAUUCAGAGAAGAAUGUGGUCUACAGGGACUUAAAGUUGGAAAACUUGAUGCUGGACAAGGACGGGCACAUAAAGAUAACGGAUUUCGGGUUGUGCAAAGAAGGGAUCAAGGACGGAGCGACGAUGAAGACUUUCUGCGGCACGCCGGAGUAUCUCGCGCCGGAGUGGUAUGUUGAGGAAGUUAGAGAGGGGACUUUAGAGACCGGCUGUGAGAACAGCCGAAUGGAGUGCUCGGGGGAGCAGCACUGGCCUUUGCCCAUGGCGGGAAGCUUCUGCAGCCACGGCCCGGAGUUUGAAAUUGACUGGGCGGCAAGAGUGGAGAAUCGGCAGAGCCAACAGCGAGUGGCGGCGGAGCGCCAGUUGGUGCGACGGUGA